AUGGCAGCACUAAAGGAAGUUUUGAAGAGAUUCAAGUUUGACCAAGCGGAACUCAAAAAGUCACCAGUAGCAAAUGUUUCAGCUGUCCCACUAGAAAACAACAUUUAUGAGUGGCAUUGCAACAUCAGACAAGAUGAAAUUAUAUUCCACCUCAUUUUGUUUUUCCCUCAACAAUAUCCUUACCAGUCUCCCAGUGCUGAAUUUGUACCAAAUGGGUUUGUAUACAACAGUGGUGCCACCAAACAAGGGAAAAAAGGGACACAAAUUUGCUUGGAUAUUUUCUCUGAUUUCUCAGAUUAUCACACAGAGUGGAAAACUAAAAAAGGAGAAGGGUGGUCUCCAGCUUACACCGUCCAGACAAUUCUUAUGAAUGUUGUCGCCUUCCUGUCAGAAACUCAGGCUUCGGGCAGUUCCAGCACCACCUAUGUCAACAAUCUUAACCUGUCCAAAAGUUUUACCUGUUCUGAUUGUGGCCACUGUUAUUCAUCUCCUUUCCCCUCUUUGGACAAUGAAGUUAUGCAAGGUAGUACACCUGUCAAAAAACACAGCAAAAGUGAACGGACAAAGGCCAAGGGUAAAGAAGACCUUUCAGAUCUGCCAACAGAAACUGAAGACUUAUUCCAGCUCAUUGACUAUAUUUCCAAAGAGAAAUUUAAAAUCCAGAAGCCAGCAAGUGUUCAAGAUAUUUGGGGGUAUGGCCUGGCUGUAUCUGGAACAGCCUGGCGUCCAACAUUGACUUCACCAUGUGAAUUCAUCACUGGAAGAUCAUUUUACGGAAUGGAAAAGGCCGCUGGAGUUGUCCAAAGUGUCUUUAAAGAGGAGCUGAAAUUGUUCUUACCCUUGUUCAUUCAUCCAGUACAUGGCUCAGGGAUUCAAGAGGAAUUUGAAAGAACUCUGAGAAAAGUGGGCAAACUGAUGCCCAAGUACACUGACAAAACUCCGAUAGAGGACCUGGUUCUGAAAACAAUCCCUAACCUGCUGACUGCAACAGUAGUGGAGUUUUCUAAGGGAACACAACACACAAGUGACAACAGCCUCAGUGGCUAUUUCGCUCUUCAUAGACUCUUUCUGUGGGCAAUAGACACAUACCCCGGCUUGCAAGAUAAAAUUGAAGAACAAGUGAAGAGCUUUGUGGAAAAUGAAGAUGAUAGAUCCAAAGACAAAGUGCCAUAUAUUGCUGAAUGGCUGAUGCUUGUGUCUGGAUCCAAAAAGUACAGAUGGAAAGAUGUUGCUGGAGCUUAUCUUAGUGAAUCUUGGAAAAGAAAUGUUAUAUGGUAUGUGAAAGAUGAUGUAAAACUUGGACUUCUAGAUACACCCAAAGAAUAUAGAAUUAAACACACUUAUGAUUUGACAGAAAUUGCUAGAAAGCAUCUAGCUUUUCAGGCCUGUUUUUUGGAUGUUGCCAUGCCAGCUGGCAUGUCAAGAAAGGAGGUACUAAAACGUUACGAUGAUAACCUUGGAUUUCCAACCAGAGAAAUGGUGGAAGUCAUGAAAGAAGCUUUUGUGAACAUUAACACAAAUUUGAAAAAUUAUCAGGACUGGUUUCAAAUUCUAAAAUUAUCUGUGCCCUCUGAUGAUGAACUCUACAGCAUCAUGGUCAGAGCUGUGCAAUUUUCUAUUGAAUCACCUGGCUAUCAUUGGAAAGGUGGUAAAGGGGGUGGGUGGGUGAUGGUGUUAAAGAAAUACAGUGGCAUGGUUCAAGAAGAAGAGGCUAAGAAGAAGAAGAAUCAGAAACCUGGGGAUGGUACAGAGGGUGAAGAAUCCACAAGUACAAACAGUGUUGGUGAGGACAGCAAUGCUGGUGGAGGAAAAACAGCAGCCGCGAAAGGGGCGUCACGUGGAAAGUCAGCCACUAGAGGAACAUCACAGGGGAGAGGCAAGUCAGCCACCAAAGGAAAGAAAAGGAAAGCAGAUUCUGAUGAUGAUGAUGGUGGUUAUCAAGGAGCUUCAUAUGAAGGUCAGGGACAAAGCAGAGGACGUUCUACAAAGAGAAGUCGCAAGUAA